GAGUGGACAUGCCGAAAUUUUUGUCUACUAGUUCGGCGGCUGAGUUUCACUUUUACGGGCCUUGAGAAAUACAUCGUAGUGGAUGAAGCGUUGGAGUGUCGGGGUGUGAGUUGCCGUUACAGCGAGAACAUCCGGCGUCGUUGCUGAUCUUUCGGGCGAGGUGCGAAGAGGUUCCAGACCUGGGUCUAGGUCUGGAUGGUGGGGUGGAUUGAGGAUGGCGUGUGAGCUAGCGAGCGAGUCGGGUGGAAGGCGAUUUUUUGGACUGACAGAAGUAUCUACAGGGAGGGUGGAAUUUUUGCGAAUGGCUGCGGGGUUACGAAUGCUGGACGACGACAGAGAGUUCGGGAAGCGGAAAGGCCUGGCCAGUAUGUGAUGGGAUGGACUGGGGAACUGGUUUAGAAGCUGGUGUGUCGACAAUUUUAUCCGAUGUCCGCCCCCGGAUGCUCAGUUACUACAAUUGCAGCGUCUCAUGACCGACAUGGGUUUCUCUAGCUUUGACCCCGGUUGCCUCGGAUUGUCGCCAAGGGUUUUACUUGCUAUGAAUUAUCUUCUUGCAGUCUAGGACAGUUGUGGGAGAGAGGGACCUUCUUUAAAAAAAAGUAACCAUCGGCAGUGCGGUGGUUUUAGUAAAACUUAAGGGAGACUAGUUGUGCUUCAAAGGAACUGUCUUGAGCAGUGACCAUGGAUGUAGUGAAUGGGAAAAUUGUGUCCGUGAGGACGGAAAGAUCAGAGAUGUGGAGUGCUCUCAAACCCUCUGGGAGUCGUGUGUUGGACGUCGGCGGUGGAGAGUGUGAGCAGUUAUUUCCUUGCAACUCAUUUGGGACAAGCUGGAAUCGGACACCUUGUGCACCACGUACUGGUGGGUUGAAUUCUUUCCGGCAUCAUAACAUCUGGGGAGCUCUAUCCACUCAAGGCCAUGGAGUCCCUUGCUCAGCAGGCCUAGAACCUCAAACAAUGGGGAAAUGGACCAGGUUUUCUCCGGACUUUCGCGGGACCUUUCAUAAACCACAACCAGCAGCUUCUGGAAGGGAAUUAUCUACAUCAAAUCACGAGAGAGGAUUGCUCGUCGAUGAUCAUCGUUGGGGAUGGAAUCCAACUAGAGCUGUUGAUCAGCACCUUCCUGACCUCAAUCAAAGCUCGUGUUCUGAACCGUCAUUGUUCGACCACGAGAUGGUCAUGUUCGAGUCGCAAAUCACUAGACGGGUUUCCAGCCAUCUCCUCAAAUCCUCCCCUACACGUUGUGCACCGCCUGUAGUUCCGGAGACGUCGCUACCUCCUGGAAGUCCUCAUGAAGUGGUGGAAAAAGGCUCUGUCUCAUCCACAGAUUUGAACAAGGAUUCGUCAAUGGAAUGCUCCGCAGCAAGGAUUAGUUUUGAAGAAGCUUGCGAAAUGCAGUCAAGGCCAACCUCGACUUUGAUCAGCAACUCCUCUGACCUUAAGAGGAAAAUAUUAGACCCCUCCAGAAAUGAUCAGGAGUGGGAUUGCGGGUGGAUUUGGCCUUUGAAAAUCCUCAUUCGCAAGGAGCUCAGUGUGUCUGACGUCGGGGAGCUUGGCAGGAUCAUUCUCCCUAAGAGGGAUGCAGAAGGUCGGCUUCCCCAUAUAGCUAUGAAAGAGAUCAAACUCCUGGACAUGAGAGAUUACUCCACUCCGAAGUGUUGGUCCUUCCGAUACAAGGGGUGGAUCAACAACAAGAGCCGUAUGUAUGUGCUGGAGAAUACUGGAGGGUUCAUCAAGUAUCACAACUUGAAGGUGCAUGAUGGGUUUGUUGUUUAUGAAGAUGGAAGUGGAAAGCUGGUAGUUUGUGGCCAGAAGAAGAAUACCACCAGAUCGGACUGUUCGGUUGGUCUACCGAGAGAUAAUACCCUUUGUGAGAGCGAUACCUUUUCAAAGAAACCAUUCAUCUCCGGUGAAGGUGGAAGUAACUGUGUCAAUGCCAUCACCACCAUCUCCCUAGCUACUGUUUCUACCAAUCCCUCUUCUGGAGUUGAUUCUGAGAGUACAAGCAUCCAUGGUGGAGAGCUAGAGAGUGAAAUGAGGCUACGUAAGAAAGUUAAUAUGACAUCGACGCUUGCUCCACGUCAACUCAUCAAUUGACAGCAUAUCUUGCAGUUUGAAUUGUCAAGAUAUCAUCGAGAUUGUUGUGGAGCCUAAGGAGCAAAGCUAUGAUUCUGGUGAUGAAAAUAAUGGAAUUAGAGGGAGUUGGAUGAGCACUGCCUAUCCUACGCACCAGGGCGAAUGUAAAUCACUGCCUGUCUCCAAAUGAAAACCAUUGAAUCCAGGAAAAAAGUACCCUGGAAUUGGAGUUUAUCCGUCUUCUAAAGUUCCUCACUGUAUCUGACGCAGUCGAUCGGCAGUUGAUUAAUACAGCUUUGGAGUCCACAGUAGACGUAGGACAGGUUAAGGAGUAUUGAUUUGCAGUCUAAUAAAGAUUCAUUUGUCUUCAGCUA